AUGAAUUAAUUAUAAUUUUCUUAAGCAUAAUCACCAAGAGAGAGUAAUUUUGAUUUUGAAGAUUUGCCUUAACUUCAGGAAUAACAAAUUAAUGAAAGUAAAUUAAGUGCCUCAAUAUUUACAGAUGUAUAUUACUUAUUUAGACUCUAGAUAAAAAUAUUUGGGACUAUUUAUUUAAUAUUGUUAAUACUAUUUAAUUCUUACAUUGUGUUUGAUUUAACUUAUAAGAUAUCCCUAUUGUAUGUUACAAUUUUACAUUUUCUUUAGGUAGUACGAUUAGCAAUUAAUAAUUAUAAGUAUCACAGUUUAUUUAUAUAGUAAUAUCUUGAAUGAUCAUAAUUGUUGUCUUGAAUUAUUUUGGGGAAUCUUAUCAAUAUCUUAUUAUGUAAUAAUACAAAUUAUCUUAGGGUUGUUUUUUUUAUUUCAUAGAUCACUCUAAUUUUCCAAUACAAUAUCCUACAAUAAUGUAUUUUGUGUUUACUUUAUCAUGGAUUGCCUUUCUAUUACAUGCUUAUAGGUAAAACAAACAAGAAACAAAUAUUAUUUCACUUGUAAAUGAAUAAUAGCAUAUAUUAUAGUUUACUGUAUUUUGUAAAUUGCUUUUGACUGCCUAAUUAAUGUUAAUAAAUUUUCGUUAAAUUAAUUGGCUUUAGUGGGAUUGGAUAUAUAUAUUUUCUAUUGUUUGGGCAUUCUUAAUGUUUGCAAUUAUUCUUCAAUUUAUUUUUAUCAUUGAUUUUAUAAUGAAAGUAAUCAUUACAAUAAAAGAAACUAAUAUAUUGAAAAAAUAAGCAUUAAAUUAAUAAAGUAGCUUAGUUAAAUAAAUAAAUAGUUAUAUGUUCAUUGUGGAUUAAUCUUAUAAUUCUUUCUAUUUCUGGAUUAUUAACAUUUACUAUUGUGAGUUAUUCUAUAUUAUUAAGCACAGAAAAAAAACCCUUUAAUUUUAUACCAAUUAUAAUAUGUAUUGUUUAUAGUCUAGUUAUUGCUGCUUAUACAUGUUAUUUUAAAAGAACUUUAAAGUAAUUAUUAUGAUAUUAACAUUAGUUAAUUCUUAAUGACAUUUUAAAGAGAGGAAGAGAAUUAAAAUGAUAAUAAUUAAUUUAGUUCUCCUAGUUCAAAGAGGAGAAGUAUUUUUACAAGAGACAAAAAUAAAAUUAACAUCAAAUUACCAUAAUUCUUAGUAUUAAAGUUAGUAAUAUAAGAUAAAAUUGUCAUAAACAUAUUUUCAACCUUAAUUGAUUGGAUAACAAUAUUAGUCUUAAAAAUAGAUAUAAUCAUUAUCUGAAAUUAAAUAAGAAAAGAGAAAUAAGACAGAUAUAGAGUAACCUAAAUAAAGCAAUUAGAAUUCCUUAACUGAAUUGAAAGUUGAAAAAGAUUAAAAUUGUUUUAAUUGUUAUUAGAAUGAAAGUUGUGCUGUUUAUAUGCCAUGUGGUCAUGGUGGUUUAUGCAUUAAAUGUGCAACUGAGUGGUUUGUAGAAAAAUAAGAAUGUUUAAUUUGUCGAAAAGUACUUAAUUACAUAAAAUAUUUAGCCAGUUGAAUAAGUAGUUAAAGUCAUUGAAUCAAACUCAAAUACAUUUUAAAUUGUUGAUGUAAUUGCCUUUUGA